UCGUCUUGUCUUUUCUUUGCAACGAAAUACAUCAAUCGUUGUGACGUGGUGAAAAUUUUCGGCAAACAAUUUAUUAAAUCCUAUACAUUUUGCAUAAUUUUCGUCGAAAACGUUGUAAAAUUUUAAUCAGAUAGCCACAACACGAUUUUACACGUUCGACCGCAACGAUAAACUGUGAAAUCUAGUGUGGAAAGCUUCAGAGAUGAGCUCAUUUAAGCGAGACAAGAAAGAGGAGGAGGAUGCGGGUAACAAUCCCUUUCAAAAUUUGGAAAAAACUGCUGUGUUACAGGAAACCAGGAUGUUCAACGAAACUCCGGUCAACGCCCGCAAGUGUACCCAUAUACUGACAAAAAUUCUCUAUCUCAUCAAUCAAGGCGAACAACUGGGCUCUCGAGAGGCAACCGAAUGCUUCUUCGCUAUGACCAAACUGUUCCAAUCGAAAGAUGUAAUUAUGCGUCGCAUGGUUUAUCUUGGUAUUAAAGAACUCAGUCCGAUAGCGGAAGAUGUAAUAAUCGUAACCAGUUCAUUAACCAAGGAUAUGACCGGUAAGGAGGAUCUAUACCGUGCCCCAGCGAUUCGGGCUUUGUGCAGUAUUACCGAUAGCACAAUGCUUCAGGCUGUCGAACGUUACAUGAAACAGUGUAUAGUGGAUCGUAAUGCAUCGGUUUCAAGUGGAGCGCUGGUCAGUUCUCUGCAUUUGGCAAACACUGCCAGUGAGGUGGUCAAGCGUUGGGCAAACGAGGCACAAGAGGCACUGAAUAGUGACAACAUUAUGGUGCAGUAUCAUGGUCUGGGAUUGUUGUAUCACAUCAGAAAGGCCGACCGGUUGGCCGUUACAAAGUUGGUAAAUCGUUUAACCAAACAAAAUUUGAAAAGCCCAUACGCAGUUUGUUUCCUGAUUAGAAUCGCUUGUAAAAUAAUAGAGGAAGAGGAUGCUGCGGGCAAUUCUGGUGCUGAAUCACCACUGUUCGAUUUUGUAGAGUCGUGCUUAAGAAACAAAAGCGAAAUGGUGGUUUACGAGGCAGCUCAUGCUUUCGUUAAUCUCAAGAGAACUAACCCACGGGAACUCUCUACAGCUGUUAGUAUUUUACAGUUGUUUUGUGGAUCCUCAAAGGCCACUUUGAGAUUUGCCGCUGUUCGUACGAUGAACAAAGUUGCCAUGCUUCACCCGCCGGCUGUUAACGUGUGCAACCUUGAUUUGGAAGGCCUCAUCGCUGAUUCUAAUCGUUCCGUAGCCACCUUAGCCAUUACGACUCUGCUAAAAACCGGUGCCGAAAGCUCCGUAGAACGCCUAAUGAAGCAGAUUGCUACUUUCGUAGCAGAAAUUUCGGACGAAUUCAAGGUCGUUGUGGUACAAGCGAUUCGCGCUCUUUGCUCUAAAUUUCCUCGUAAGCACGGUGUUAUGAUGAAUUUCCUUAGUGGGAUGCUUCGCGAGGAAGGAGGUUUGGAAUACAAAACAUCUAUUGUAGAUACUAUUAUUUUGAUUAUUGAGGAAAAUCCUGAGGCAAAAGAAUCAGGCUUAUCACAUUUAUGCGAAUUCAUCGAGGACUGCGAACACACUUCUCUGGCCGUAAGGAUCUUGCAUCUGCUUGGCAAAGAGGGUCCCUACUCCAAGUGUCCCUCGCGUUACAUUCGGUUCAUCUAUAAUCGUGUAAUACUGGAGAAUGCCACGGUUCGAGCUGCUGCCGUUGCUGCAAUUGCUCAAUUUGGAGCAUCAUGCGCGGAUCUACUGCCCAAUGUUCUUGUACUGCUGAACCGAUGCCAGAUGGACACCGACGAUGAGGUUCGCGAUCGAGCAACGUAUUACUAUUCCAUUUUGAGUAAGUCCGAUCCGGAGUUGAAUAAGUCAUACGUCAUCGAUAGUGGCAUGGUAUCUUUGCCACUGCUGGAGAAGUCUCUUAAGGAUCAUUUGAAUGGUCCUCUCACAGAGAAGUUUGACAUGUCGAUUGUUCCGAAAACACAGACUGUGCAACCGGAGAUCACCGAUGAAGUUAUGAUCAUGAAUAACACAAUCCCGAAAGUCCCGCGUAUAACACGCGAAGAAGCCAACACAGAAAAGCUUCUACAAAUUCCUGGAAUUCAUCGACUUGGUGCUCUACACAAAUCAUCGACGCCAGUACAGCUCACCGAAAGCGAAACCGAAUACACCGUAUCAUGCAUUAAGCACUGUUUCGAUCAUCACGUCGUUUUCCAGUUCGAUUGCGUCAACACACUAUCGGAUCAGCUGCUUGAAAAUGUGCGUGUCGACUUGGUCCUACCGGACGAGUACGUUACGCGAGCUGUCAUACCUUGCGCAAAACUUCCUUAUGGUGAAAAGGAAUCCACCUAUGUCAUCGUUGAGUUUCCGCCGAAUCGAGCUAGUUCAAUUGCUGCCUUUGGUGCCACUCUACGAUUUGUCGUGAAGGAUUGUGAUCCAACAACCGGGUUGCCUGACUCGGACGAAGGUUAUGACGACGAGUACAUGUUGGAAGAUAUUGAAAUCACCGUAGCCGAUCAAAUUCAGAAAUCAAAGAAACAGAACUUCAAUGCCGCUUGGGAUGGUGCGGAUACUGAAGAAUGGGUCGAAGCGGAAGAAACAUUCGUGCUUGCGACCGUCAGCAGUUUACAGGAAGCGGUGAACACUAUUUUGAAAUUCCUCGGUCUUGCCCCAGCCAAUCUAUCGGAGAAAGUGGCGGAUGGUGCGCACACACACUCUUUGCUGUGCUCAGGCACAUUCCGGGGCGGUGUCGAGAUACUGGUCCGUUCGAAGUUGGUGGUGUCGGACGGUGUGACAAUGCAUUUGACAGUGCGAUCGACGGACUCGGAAGUCGCGGAGUUAAUUACGUCUGCUGUGGGCUAGACAGUCCCAAACCCUUUGCGCCCGGAACUACGAACAUAAAUGCAUACACAUACGAAGAUCACACCCACAGACACACUCUUACUUACUUCCCCUGUGCAAGAGAGUUAAUUCUUUUAUGUUAUAAACAUUGAAAGUAUCUAUACUAGAGGUUAGUGUUAAGUUUUUCGUCGGCAUUCGUUAGUGACUAUUGUAGCAUGUAGAAGAAGCAACAACAACGGAAAUUAGCACCUGUAAGUCUAUAAAAAAAGAACAGGCUACUGAAAUAAUGUACGAAUAAACAUGUGAAUAAUUGUAUUAAUUUCUGUACUGAAUGAAGAGGAAAAUAUAGAUCUUUUCUUUUAAUCAA